UCGUUCAGUGUGUGCCAGCGAGCCCAUCCAUAGAUUCAUCUCUCCUCCCUGCGUUAGGGUUCCACUCCCGUUCCUCCUCCGGCCGCCACCUCCGCAUCGACCUCCUCGGUUGCCAUGGUGAUGGAUGACAACAAACUCCGGGUGCUCCAGAUCCCUCCGCCUAUCCACCCCGACGAUCCGGAUUCUCCUCUCCCGGAGACCAUCCUCAUCGACUCGUUCGGCUACCUCAGCGACCGCACCAACGCCACCACCGCCAGGGGCCGCAGGAGCAGGACCAAGAAGAAGGGCAAGCGCAUCCUGGUCACCUUCUGGCCGGUUGCCCCGCCGCGCGUCUCCUGCUUCACUGUCCACUGCCCAGAUCUGAAGCCCGAUGCAUUCGCUGAAAUCCCCAAGAUCUCCUAUACGGAGGACGACCUCGUCCUGCUCAGCAUCACCAUCUGCCCCGAGCGCCUGCACGUGUACGGCAAGAACAUCCGCUACUUCGUCUACCAGGCCGGCACCAAGAAGACGCCGCCGUCGGUCAAGCUCGUCCACUGUCCCCCCUACUUCAGGAUCUACGACCAAGAGGUUGCCUUACUGCACUGCCACCACCAAGAGAUGUUCUUCAUCGCCGUGCUCCGCUGGGCCUCCAUUGCUCAGGAUUACACCGACGGGCACUUUAAUCUCCACCUGUACAACUCCAAGACAAAGGCAUGGAACAUCAAGUUGAUGCUUCUUGAUUCGCCCAAGGAUUUUGAGUUCCGCUCUUUCAACAAGGGGAUCACCAUUGGAGGGGAGCUUGGUUCAGUGGGUUGGGUCGACCUUAGGGGGGGCAUUAUCAUCUGUGACCUUCUCCUUGACAACCAGAGUCUUCGCUACAUCCCACUACCUUCGCCGCUGUCGCCCGAUCCAGUCAGGGGUUAUAUGUUGUAUGUUCGGAACGUCACUGUUCUCCAAGGUUACAUCAAGUAUUUUGAGAUGCACAGUAACGUCAGACCGGGCUCAGACACUGGAAGCUCCCUGAUAUGUGAAGGUUGGAUGGCUGCAACAAAAAAAAUAAAAAUUUCAAGCAUUGGCUCUACUUCUGGUAGUAGCAACUGGGAGGAGGACUGUACUAUCAGAUGCUCAGAUGAUGUACCAUUGGAUAGCCCUGUGUAUGCCCAAAUGCUACCUAAUCCGCAGGAGGGAGAUGAUGCCAAGCCAAGCCUGAAGAAAAUUCGUGUAGGCUAUCCUGCUCUUAGCUUGCAUGACGGUGAUGUUGUUUACCUUAUGCACAUGCCUGAUCCCCGUGGGGAUAAGGCCUGUGUGAUUGCUCUUGAUAUGAGGAACAAGGCUGUAAAAGGCGUGGCUAAUUUUGGCGGCUCUGGAAGACCCCUGGGUCAUUCUUACACCUACUUUCCGAGUGGGAUCUCCAAGCAUCUGGGCAUUUUCUCAUCAACCAGGCAAAUAUCGAAUGCUGCUGAAACAAGUAGGGAUGGCAAGUAAGAAGCUUGUUACCGAAAUUUGAGUGCAGGCUGGAAAGAAGUUUGAGUUCAAAUUGUUCGAAGGCAUGGUCAAAGCCCCGGUACAAAAAAAGCUUAAGAAGUCUUUCCUACCUCAUCCGUGAUGCAUUGCCAAUGGACUUGUAUUACUAAAAAUCUUAUGCAUUGUAUCGACUAUAUUUGUUGGCCGUGUGUGUCCACUAUGUUCUAUGCUAGCCAUGUGAGGUCUAUAUAUAUAGACUUGCUAAAAUAAGCCUAAACCCAAUCUUUUUUAUCAUUAAUUUCCUAGUGGUAACUGGAUGUAGUUGAUAACUAAUUUUAGUGAAGCCUUGUGCGUGCGCUGGUUUAUCUGGCUC